ACUCCUGGCUGUAGUUUUUGUGCUUCCUAGUUACUUUCGACUUUCACUUGAGGCUGUGUAGAGAAACCCCGGAACUAAGAUUGAGUGAACAGCCCGUAGAGGUAACGAGACUUCGCUUUUGUUUAGAAUGGCUACUAUUUUAAGAUUGCAUUUACAGUUACAGUAACAAUCAGACAUUUUACUAUGUCUCUAAGUUUGUCUUCUUGGCCAAAGUUCUGAAUAUCAGACUAUAGCUUGGCGUGUUAUCUUCGGUCAGUCGUCGCGAUUUGACUGUUGUGGUUUGUUGGACUGACACCUUUAGUAAUUCUGGGCCUCCCAGUAACGACGAGGGAUGGCCGCUGCGCCACAGUCUUCAUUCCAAAUGAGGUCGACUGACCUCAUUAAAAAAGAACCCCUGGACUACGGAGGAUUUGGGGAUGUUUACCUGUGCUAUCACAUAACCCUCGGCCAGGUGGUAAUGAAGACCAUGUACACUGGAUCUUUACGGAACGAGGACAGUAAGAGGUCACUACUGGAGGAGGGGAAUAUCAUGGCGAGUCUGAACCAUGAGCGAGUGGUGAAGCUGCUGGGUGUCAUCAUGGAGGACAGAGACUGUUCACUGGUUAUGGAGCUGAUCCCCAGAGGAAACCUGCUGGUUAUGCUGGAAAACGUGCCGGUGCCACUGUCUGUCAAGGGACGAAUCAUUGCAGAGAUGUUAGAAGGGCUGGUUUACCUCACACAGAAACGUGUCAUACACAAGGACAUCAAGCCAGACAACAUCUUAGUGGACCAAGACUUUCACAUUAAAAUUGCAGACCUGGGUCUGGCCACCUACCAGACGUGGAGCAAACUCACUAAGGAGGAGUCUCGCAGGAGGAGUCGUUUAGGUCAGUCAGUCGGGGUGAGAGCUGCCGGUACACUCAGCUACAUGGCUCCUGAGCACCUGGAGAGUAUACAUACUGCAUCCACUGAGAAGUCUGAUGUCUACAGUUUUGCCAUCGUAGUUUGGGUCAUCCUGACACAGGAGGAACCAUAUGCCAACGCCAGAAGCGAAGACCAGAUCAGCCAGUGUGUCCGUAACGGUGAUCGACCCACAAAGGAUCUGAUUCCCGCUGACACUCCUAAAGCAAUAAUCAUGCUCAUGAGUAAUUGUUGGCACGAAGACCCACAGUCACGACCAACAUUUAAUGAUGGUUACAGUUAUUUCCUUCCCUUCUAUGAGGAAAAUCUCCAACCACACGUAGAGGAAGAUGUCCUUCAGCUGAAGAAAUUAUAUGAAGGCCCAGGUGAUCUUCUUGAGAAGAUAAAGUCAUUAUCACUGACCAAUGACCAAUGUUGUUCUGCAGAUGGCCCCGCCCCUUUGGUGAGUUCUGACAGAAGUUUGUCUGUACCGGUUGAAGCCAGCAUUGAAGACAUGCACGUUAUCCAGUGUGAGGUGGAGUCCAUCCAGGCGGAUGCAAUGGUGAUGACUCCACCCCUAGCUGCUGCUGAUACAUGUGAUCGUGAGGUUCCCUGCAACAAUCACAGCAGCUUAAAUCCCUUCCUGUCGAGCUCCCACAGCACACCAAGUAACACUGUGAAGCAGCCAGUACUAGAGAGACCCAUUCUGUCCUCCGUUCACUCCUGGUCUCAUUCUGAGCCAGUGCAGGCCACAAGCAAAGAGGAAGUGUGUUGUCAACCCACUUCCAGCUAUGACUCCAUGAUUUCUUCUGCGUCUGCUUCAAGCCACAUGUUGAUGUCUGUCAGCUGUCCCUCACUGGACCAAAUGAACCAGCAACAUCCACAUUCCCACUUUGACCGUCAGCCGUCUUGGCCGGCUCAUCCCGUGUCUGACACUUCUGCUCCAGACAUGACUACAGGACGACUGUUGAAUAUCUCCAAAAGCGGCUUGUCUCAAGAUCCAGGACCUCUUUUUAUUCACAAUGCCAGAGCGAUCCAGAUCGGAAGCAACAAUACCAUGAAUAUCAGAGGUUCGGAGCCUUACCAGAGUUUCUUUCCAAACAACUCUCUUAUCAAAGAAGAAAUGCAGAAAUUUGAAGACUACCCUGUGACCGAGGAGCACCUAGACCUGUUGAGGGAGAACAUAGGAUUGAACUGGAAGCGUUGUGCACGGAACCUGGGUCUGACCAAUGUGGAGGUAGAGACCAUAGAGCACGACUACUACCGUGACGGCUUGCCAGAAAUGGUGCAUCAAAUGCUGGAGCAGUGGAAGAUGAAGGAGGGAAGUAUUGGCUGUACUAUUGGCAAGCUUUACCAAGCUCUAGAGGGAAAAGUAAAGGUAGAAGUUUUUAAGAAAAUGUUGGACACCUGCGCAUCUUUAGCUAUUCCAAAUUCUUAAAGUUUCCAGCCUGGUUUCUUAGUUACUAUCUGGCUGUCUGGCACCAGACUUUCUUAUUAGAAAAAAAAAAUGACAACAUUGUAUGUCAGGAUAUUCAGUCAAAUGUGUUUGUUGUUGUGUUAACUUCCACACAAACAGCAACUUAAGAUUUACCGAUAAACCCACAAAUAUGCUCUCGUUCUCUCUCUUCAAAUUUAUCCCAAAUGGUUAAAAAUACUUUUUUUAAAUUUGCUAUGAAUAAAUAGUUUGUUCUUUGUCAAUGUUUUUCACUUACCCGACAGGUACGAACAAUGUUGAGUAUCACAGUAGUCUGUUUAAAAAAGGAAUCGGUUUUUUAGUCUUUUCUAAUAAUGUUGUAAAAAAGCACAAUGACGCGUCAGUGCCCCAGCACAAGUUCAGCAUUGUUGUAAUAUUAUUUUUCUACAGUAGGGGGGAGUAUUUGAUCAUUGCAGAAAUAAAUCAACCUUUUGACAACAUGUCGAUUCAUAAGUGAAGUGAACUGUAUUCCCCGGGUUAGUAUGAAGAAUCGUUUUUAAUGUUAUUGUUGUCUUUUUGACAGUUUACUGACACUCAUGUCAUGGUCAGCAUUGGUCCUACUGUGACACACUGUAUUGUACGUGAGAUUUGUAUGUAUGUGUGCGUGUUUUUUCUGACAGACAAAACAACGUUUGUGAACGUACUGGAAAAGCCAUUUAAAAUAACAUUUUAAAUAAAUGCUUUGUGUUUUAAAAGACAUUUAAAGGACAGUAGAUUCAAA